GAGGCUGAGAAACAAUCCGAUCACAUAUACAACUGAAAUGCAGCUCCUCACUCUUCUUUCUUUCUCUUUUUGCUGUGACAUUAUUAAUGCAAAGUAAAAAUAUUUGUCAGAAGCAGAGCGACAGUGUCAGUGCUGGAUAUGAAGAUGGGCCACACUUUGCUCUGUGUGCUCUCAUUGUUCUUGCUGAAAACCCUGGUUUAUGGAAAUGCUGAAGUUGAAAGUGAUCCAGUCACUAUUGAUCAAACUGUUCCAGAUAAGGCCACUGUGACCCUGCAGCCCAACUGGCCUCUGAUAUACUGGGGUGAGACCAUCACAGUGAGAUGUCAGAUCCAGGGAGGUGGAGACACUGAGUGGACGUAUGAAUGGACACCAGCCAAGUUGAACAAACGCCCAACACACAGUGAAUACAGGAUCAGUAAUGCUACUAAGUCUGACAGUGGGGAUUACAGGUGUCGGGGCAGAAAGGACUAUUUAUUAACAGAGUGGAGUGACAGCAUCACACUGACUGUAUCAUAUAUCUUUCCAACAGAUAAACCCCGGCCUAUUGUCACUGUGUUUCCAUCAUGGCUGGGUCCUGGAGCCUCAGUAACUCUGAACUGUCAGGUUGAACAUCCAUCUGCAGGAUGGAUGUUCUACUGGUAUAAGGCUGUUCCCAAACCAUCAGACGACUCCUACAGCUAUGAGCUGCUGCCUGGAAACAGCAGUGGGACUGAACAGGGUUCCUACAUGGUUCAUGGUCAGACACACACAGCAGGAUAUGUGUGUAGAGCUGGAAGAGGAGACCCAGUGUUUUACACUGAUUACAGUCGUCCUAAGUUUGUCUGGUCUGGAGAUUCUCAUCCAGCAGCGUCUCUCACAGUGAGUCCUGACCAAGGUCAACACUUCACCUCUGACUCUGUGUCUCUGAGCUGUGAGGGAAACUCUACGGAGUGGAGAUUGAGGAGGUUUCCUGCAGCACGCCGCCUGUCAAACUGUUCUCAGUGGGGGUCAAUGACUGAUUCCACCUGCAACAUCAGCACCUCUCUACCAAAAACAGCAGUGUACUGGUGUGAGUCUGUAUCAGGUCCAUUCAGCAAUGCAGUCACCAUCACUGUACAAAGUGCAGAUAUUCUCCUGGUGAGCCCAGUCCGUCCUGUGACUGAGGGAGACUCUGUUACUCUUGGUUGCAAGUCGAGAACUGGACAACCACUUUCUGAUGUGUUUUUCUAUCUAAAUCAUAAACUCAUCCAAAAUGACAGUAGAGUGGAGCUGAAGAUCUCUGCAGUGUCAAAGUCAGACGAAGGUUUCUACAAGUGUCGGUGCUCAGGAGAAGAGUCGCCACAGAGCUGGAUGGCAGUGAAGGCUGUGUCAAGACAUGGAAUCUUUUUGUUUCCUGUGUCGCUGAUCGUUCGGCUGGUUUUGGGAAUCAUACUCAUUGUUCUCCUGGUCCUGCUGUGUCAUUCUACACAAUUCAAGGAUUCCUGCUCCAUCAGGUUCACUUAAUCUGUGAGCAUCGAU